AGGUAGGUAGGUAGGUAGGUAGCAUAUAGGCAGGCAGGUCGACUGAUAGCCUGCGUAGCUUGGCGGUAUUUAAGCAAUUUGAGCACCCUAAGACAGCAGCAAAACCGCGAUAAUGAGCGCCAAAGCCACGUUAACAAGCGGCGAAGCCACGAGGAGCCUUGGAGUGAGACAACUGAGAAAUCCCCUGCAGGGAUGACCUUUGUUAGUCCAGUACGCUGGCGUACGGGCCAUUGCCAUUGGAUCAGAAGGCUAACACAUCAAUCAAAAUUUUCGCUAAUCUCCCAAGGGACAGCUUCAAAGAACAGCACUGAUUACAACGCAGAUCUUUAGCGUGUAAACAGGAAAUAAUUGAGAAAGCGCUGUCGAAAGCGUUAUCGCGCCUGAAUAUCUUUCGCGAAUAUCGCGAAAUUGAACUGCCAAACACGAGCAAGAAACAGCCGUAUACAAUUUGCCUCAUGGGAGAGAUGUGAUGGCCGUUUUCCCACCAAACUUUGGCAAAAGCAUGAUUUUUACCGUGUUUCACCGUCUGCGCUCACCAGACGAGAAUUGUCGUCUAGGAGAACCAGUAUCGUUGUCAUCUAGCUGUUAAAGAGCACCAUCGACAACCAAAUUUCAUGUAAUCCAGGCAGACGGUUCCUCGCACCUUCGCCCCUCGUUUUCGCGGCUUCGCCGCUUUGUGCACUUGCCCUAAAAUUGCUUAAAAAAUUGCUUAAACCGCCGAGCUACGCAGCCUAGUCGGCUGGUAGGUAGGCUCGUAUCGGUAAUCAAUCACUAUUCAUUUAGUGCCGCGAGGAAAGAGACUCUGAGAGAAAGUGCCUCGACAAACGGCACACAAAACAAAAACGCUCGGAUUCCCAGCUGGAUCUUUUCACGAAAUUUUAAUGUAUCUUUUAUUUGCUACCACAGCACAAUUUUGCAUAUAUCUUUUAGGUUUGAACGAUUACAAUAGGUAAAAUCAUUUUUGGAUAGUUUAAAACUGAUUAAAAUAACAUCGUGUGGUUCACCAAAGCCAUAUCUUACUUUGUGCUGCUACGAAGCCUUGGUAACAUCUUAUUUAUAACAAACCAUGGAAAAAUAUUGAUCAACGUUGCAUGGAGAUCAUUCCAGUGAUAUGUAUGCCACCUUUGCCAUUGUUUUUGUUUUUGUUAGUGGUAGUGAAGAGUCACAACAAAUUCGCGAAUUCGUAUAUUCAAUGGUUUCUCUCCGCUUUCAGCAUGACAGUCCCUCUAGAUCUAACUGUGUCCCUGGAGGAAGAGAAGGAAAUUACAUUAUGUUUGCCGGAGCCACGAGUGCAAACCUUAAGAACAACCGACUCUUUUCUCCAUGUAGCAGAGAAUCAAUAAAUGAUGUGAUGGAUGUAAAAGGAAGAUGCAUUGCUGACAGAUGCUGCUUUAGGGAUGGCGAAGGAGCUAUCUGUGGUAACAAGGUUGUGGAUGAAGGUGAAGAGUGUGAUUGUGGAUAUAUAGGAGAUAAUUCAUGCAGGAUGGAUGUAUGCUGCAUAGGUCGUAACGCAAACAGUGGUUGCAAACUUAGGCCAGGGAAAAUCUGCAGGUUUAUAUCUAUACAUUGCAGUUUGUGUUUAUUUUUUUGUAACAUAUACGGCUCUGUACACGAGGAAGAACAGGAGGCACGAAAGGCGUGUUGUUAUUGUAUUUUGUUACAGGGACAGGAGUGUUUUACUGAAAACUAACACAUUUGUAGAAUCCAUAAAUCACUACAUCCGAGCCCCGGGUGGCGUAUUUUUUGUAUGUUACUCUCACGAGUGGUAUAUCAUGAAAUGAUGGCAUGAUUCCCGACUUAACAAAUUGUGUUGAAUGAACUUGGUUUGUAUUCAGAAUAAUGACGGCCGCUAGUAGAUUUGUUUUGUUAAUUGUGUUUUCCGAAUUGAUGACCACGAGAAAACCGAAAGAAACGAUACGCGAUGCAAGAAACAGAGGAUAUUACGCCGGUGAAACGACAAGCGACCAUCAAAUACUUCGUGCUUUGUGUGCGAAAGGAGUGCCACAAGCCCUCAUCCAUCACAGUUUUAUCCAAAACAUCGACCGCUAUCUGCCAAAAAGUAACUAUGGAUUCUAUGUAAUUUUGAGUACUUAAAACUAGUUCAGAAUAAUUUUGCUUGAUUGCAUGUUCCAGCUGCCGAUUGAGUCAUUAACUACUUGUAGAAACCGCCUUGUAUUUGCAAACGUGAUUCUCCUAACCUGUAUUUUUAUUCUCCAUAUAAGUAAAAUGAACAGUACACGUUAGCUCAAAGAUAUGAAUUUUACGUUCCCGUGUCGACUCAUAUCUUCUCGCCACAGUGUAAUAUCUUCUAUAUGUUUCCCGAGUGAAACACUCAGGGUGGUUGUACUACGAUCGCAAAUUUUUGCCACCUUUUCAAGAUGGCAGCAGAUUAUUUAUUAGAGGUUUCUAAUUAAGGGCCGGGUCGCACUAGAGGGAAUUCAAACAUUUCCAAUUUUUGACGAGGAAAACAAUUGGCAAAAAUUUCGCAAGUACCAAAUUUUGGCAGGGGUGGCAUUGGACCAACAUGUUGGAACCAAAACGUUACUGAUUUGAAAUAUACGUCACAAGAUCUCUAUUUCUCAAUUAAGUAUUUUAUUAGAAAGUUUAACUCUUCGCAGAUUUUUCUCCACGCUGCAUGUUCUUGACUCUACGCACUGCAGCAACUCGUGAUUUUCGGCCCAUAAUUGGACGGGCAGAUUUUGCUCGGUUUGCGUUUUUGUUGUUGCUUGCGCCACUUGCGAUCGAAGAAGAUUGUCUUGCUGAAGCCAUCUCUUCAAAUUGCUGCCAGUAACCAGAUCCAGGGUACGGUUCAUAAGAAUUUGAAUAAAAACGCCGCUCAUAUUCCUCGUUUGCAUUGAAAUAACUUGUAAAAAGUGUCAGAUGGACCGGGUAAAAAAUGAUUUUGUCCCGCCAUCGCACGCGCCAAACUGGACAAGCCGUCAAAGUUGUUUUCUCGCCGUAAUUUUAUCCAGACUUGUUUUAAAAAAUAUGACAGUUAAAUGGUUAAAAAAAAAAUUGUUUGCUGUGC